AUGCCUCCAGUACCCAACGAUACCCCACCUUCCAACGAUGACACCCAACAACCCACCUCUGCACCAAAUUCGACGGCUACCAGUACCAGGGCUAGUACGCCAUCCAGGAUAGAUGGUGAUGAGCAGGACGAAGACGACACUAGUCGAAUGCCCUCCUCCUUCUCCCAGCCAGGGCCGAGCAACCCCGACAGCAGUGAAGAAGAAAAGAGGCCCGCCCACCACUCCGACCUGGCCCUCACGGCCCUUCUCUCCGCCAACUCUGGCCGAUGCCACGCCGAUACCGACUUCCUGGGGGCAAGGUCUGCAUCUGGCGGACUAGGGCUUGGUGGUUCGUUCCCGCAGACUCGGGGGGGGUUUGAAUCCUUUGAUGGUAGUCGUAACACUGAAAGGAGGGACGAUGGGACUUCUAGUGGUGGCGGAGGGGCAAGGGCAGAAGGUGAAGAGGCCACGGAGGAGGGCUCGGCCUCUGACGAUCGAGCGCCGACUCCAGAGAACGAAGGCAACGAGGAAGACCGCGAGUAG